ACAGUUUUCCCUCCUCCUUUCUCUCCCUCUCUCUCUAGCCUCUUUGCCUCUCGUCCCCUUUCCCUCCUCAAUCCCUCCCCGGCGUCUGCGUCAGGCCCCCACUUCCGUGACGCGCAGCAGCUGGGUGGGAGCUGUCCACUCGCCCGGGGUGCUGAAUGCAGCAGCGGCGGCCGCAGCGGCGGCGGAGACGCUGAGAACAUUUUCUGCUCCAAGAACCUUGUUUCCAGACCUCGGACGGUCAGCUCGCCGCCCGCCACCUCCCUUCCAGCACCACCCCUUUGGGAACUGAACCAGGGGGGCAGCAGUUGCGGCGGCGGGUGCUGAGCAACGGCUGAAGACAAGACAACAUCUGGCAGCAGCCUGGAAUCUGAUUUGCUUCCUCUCGCCUUUUAUAAGAGAUACAUUUAUAUAUGGUUUCGGGGAGUCGCGAGGGCCAAGCCGGAGCCAAGUGCUGGCUGCCUGCCACUUCAGCCACUCUGCUUCGUUUUCCCCUCCCCACCCUCAGCUGGCACCGCAAACAAGCCUUACCUCGUUGCAUCUAGAGGAGAGGUGGCAAUAGCGAGCCCAACCAGCCAGAGGCAGCGGAGAAGAGGGAGGGGCAGGGGGCGCAGAGAGCCGACCGAGGCCGCCUUUGGUGGGGGUAGCGGGGGAAGAGCUGCCGUGAAGACCCGGCAGCCACCGUCUUCUGCCCUCACCGCUCCAGAAGCACUCUUUCCUGAUUAUUUGAUAACCGAAUUAUUCUUAUUCCACUAGUAUUAUUUCGUUUUUUAUUACCCCCAUUCCUCACUCCCCAGCCGCCCCCACCACUACGCCUGCCUCUCCUCUGGUUGCAUGGCAGCGCUGCCCGGGCGCGGGGGCUCAGGGCCGGCCCCCCGGGAGGGAGGAGGAGGAGGAGGAUCAUGAAGCCGGGAGUCUUGGCCGCGCCGGACGGCGAGCAGCAGCCAGAGGACGAGCCGGAGCAGCCCCCACCCCGGAGACACCUGGACGCCGACAAACAGUCGCCGCCGCCGCCACAGCAGCAUCAGCGGCAGCGGGCAGACUCGGAGCAAGAGGAGGAGGGCGACAGCGGCCCAGAGGAGAAACAGGAGGAGAAGGCGAGGCCACUCACCGGCCUGGACCUGCCCUUCUUCCGGCCCUCGCUCCUCGCCCAAAGGGACGUUUGAUGGAGCCAAGGGACGAGGGCCGACGAUUUACAGACCGCCUCAGGGGUGGGCUGGGGGCUGAGAUCAUGUAACUGCUCCUUCUUCUUGUUCCCUCCCACACGCCCCUCUUCUCUACCCCUUAUCUCUGCUCCACAGCCUCCCACCCUCCAAACACACACCCUUCCUCUAGCCAGGAUCUUAAUGCUCAGGAAGGAGGCGUCUCUGCAAGGGUUAAACGAUUUUUUCUGUUUUUCCCUUUCUUUUCCCCUCCCCAGUUCCUGAUUUUCCCCACGUCUAUUCUCCUAAUUGGCUUUCCCGUCUUCUGUGCAGCCCUUUGGCUGCAGAGGCAAAGCACAAGCUCCUUGCCAAUUUCACCUGAAUCCCUUCCCCCAACUCUGCCCCAUUGCUCUCUUAAAAGCAACUCUGGUGCUUCUGGGGGUUAAUUGCCCCAGUUUUCUGCCCAGGAGAAUUAAAACUUCUCCCAACCUCUUCUCCUCCCCUACCUUACUUCCCUCAUGCACCACCCUCACCCCCACUAAACUCCUGCUACCUGAGGAAAACUAUCUUUUCUAUCACAUGCAAUCCUCAAUUCUUCACUGAGCUACUUUGCCCUAAGCCCAGUUCAGUCCACUCCAAAUUUUAUUUAUAACCUUCCCUACCCUUUUAUAUGAAAGAAAAGAGAUUUCCCACUGCCUAGGAAUUUGAGAAGAACCCAAUAAUUCUCACCUGGGUAAUUUUCUAACAAUUAAACCUUGAUCUCAAGGUCUUAACAGCCCAUCCUCAACACUUUUUUUUUCUAUCCCUCUGCCCCUACCAGUGUUCCCAGGUCAAAGGCAAAAAGGAUACCCUAAGAAAAGCUUAAGGUUGGGGUAGAGGUGAGGGGGUAAGAAAAUCUUUUUGUUGUUGGGCUUUCCAGGUAGAGUUCAGAAUCGGUGACUCACAGUUCUCAGUCCUGGGGGCAAUUUAUUUGCUGCUUGGAGGGAUGUAAGAGGAGCCAGUGAGAACGCAGACUCCCCUCAUCAUACAGAUACACUGUGGUUCCACCCCACCCCCCAACCAUCCUAUCCUCCUCUGCAAAGACUCCAACUGCCUCUACUGGGCUUUCUGCUUCCACUGGGCACAUGCUGAUGCCCCUGAGUGGGCUGCUCUGGUGGUGGUGCUGCUGCUGCUUCUGUGCCUGGUACUGCUGUGGAUUGUGCACCCCAGCUCCCCAGAUGUUGCGCCACCAGGGUCUCCUCAAGUGCCGCUGCCGCAUGCUCUUCAAUGACCUGAAGGUUUUCUUCCUGCGGCGCCCCCCUCCAGCGCCCCUGCCCAUGCACGGCGAACCCCAGCUCCCUGGUUUGGCAGCCAACAACAACACCCUUCCGGCUCUGGGUGCCGGGGGGUGGGCAGGCUGGAGGGGCCCCCGAGAAGAGGUGGGCAGGGAGACUCCUCCUCUGCCACCUCCACCACCUUUGCCACCUUCUGUGGAAGAUGACUGGGGUGGCCCAGCCACAGAGCCACCUGCCUCACUGCUCAGCAGUGCCUCCUCAGAUGACUUCUGUAAGGGGAAGGCUGAGGAUCGCUACUCACUGGGCAGCAGCCUGGACAGUGGCAUGAGGACCCCUCUCUGCCGUAUCUGCUUCCAGGGUCCAGAACAGGGGGAGCUGCUGAGCCCGUGCCGCUGCGAUGGCUCCGUCAAGUGCACACACCAGCCUUGCCUCAUCAAGUGGAUCAGCGAGCGGGGCUGCUGGAGCUGCGAGCUGUGCUACUACAAGUACCAUGUCAUCGCCAUAAGCACAAAGAAUCCUCUGCAGUGGCAGGCCAUCUCUCUGACAGUCAUUGAGAAGGUUCAGAUCGCAGCUGCCAUCCUGGGCUCCCUCUUCCUCAUCGCCAGUAUCUCUUGGCUCAUCUGGUCGACCUUCAGUCCCUCAGCAAAAUGGCAGCGCCAAGACCUCCUCUUCCAGAUCUGUUAUGGGAUGUAUGGAUUCAUGGACGUGGUGUGCAUAGGUCUCAUCAUCCACGAGGGACCCUCCGUGUACCGCAUCUUUAAACGGUGGCAGGCUGUCAACCAGCAGUGGAAAGUGCUGAACUAUGACAAGGCGAAAGACCUGGAGGAUCAAAAGGCAGGAGGCAGGACAAACCCCAGGACCUCCUCAUCCACCCAGGCCAAUGCCCCCUCCUCAGAAGAGGAGGCCGCGGGCACCCCUGCCCCUGAGGAAGGCCCUGCCCGCGAGGCCAGUCACCACCCCUCAGGCCCUCUGUCCGAUCACCACUGUGCUUACACCAUCCUGCACAUCUUGAGUCACUUAAGGCCUCAUGAACAGCGGAGCCCCCAGGGCGGCAGCCGGGAGCUGGUCAUGAGGGUCACGACGGUGUGAGAGGAGAGACCUGGGAGGGAGGCGUGACCACGCACGCGCGCUCGCUCACGCACAGGAGAGACGAGAGGAUGGGCUGGGAAGGGCGGACCCGACCCGACCCGACGGGGCGCCGCCGUCCGGGGGAGCGGGUGUUGAGGGGCAGAGGCCCC